UUCCUCUUUUGGAUGUUGGAAUCUGACUGUCCCCUAAGGUGGACUCUACUAAGCCUUUAGAGAAGCCUUGUGAUGUGGGAGCCCAGCUUGGGGGUGAUGGGGAGUCUCUUGUUCCUUCAGUGCCUAGCCAAGAACUGCAGGCUCCAAAGUUUGGGAGGCCAAGCUCUGGUGCUUUGGACCACUCUGCUGAUCCUGGCUCCCUUGGCUGGGAUGGCUGAGAAAUCUGGGACGCAUGAUCUCCCGAAGGCUGUGCUGUUCCUCGAGCCCCCAUGGGUGCGUGUAUUCCGGGAUGACAGAGUGACCUUCAUGUGCCAGGGAGCCCGAGGCCCUGGGGAUCUGUCCACCCACUGGUUUCACAAUGGGAGCUCUGUGUCCGGCCAAGAGCAGCCUAACUUCAGCUUCCAGGCUGGCAGCAAUGACAGCGGGGACUACCAGUGCCAGACGGGCCGCACAGACCUGAGUGACCCUGUGCACCUGGUGGUGCUAUCUGACUGGCUUCUGCUGCAAACAGCUGGCCUGGAGUUCCAGGAAGGGGACCCUAUCUUGCUGAGAUGCCACGGUUGGAGAAACAAGCCCGUUUUCAAGGUCACAUUCUUUCACAAUGGGAAAUCUGUGAGGUAUUUCUCUGUGAACACCAACUUCUCCAUCCCUGGAGCCAACACCAGCCACAGUGGGGAGUACCACUGCACCGGGUUUAUUGGGAAGACGCGGUACUCCUCACAACCUGUGACCAUCACUAUCCAAGGGCCUGCCUCCAGUGAAGCGACACUGACAGUGAUAGUUGUGGUCGUGGCCACAGGAGUAGCUACUGUCAUCAUUGCUGGCUUUGUGGUUGCCUGGUUACGCCUCAGAAGAAAGCGGAUCUCAGCCAACCUGGGAGCCCCUGAGUGCAGGGAUGUGGGGGACACCCUCCCUGAGGAGCCAGCCACUGUCAUGGAUGCUGAAGAGACUGCCAAGGCAGAGGCGGAGAACACCAUCACCUAUUCACUCCUCUCACACCCGGAAGUCUCAGAGGAGACUGAGAACUCGGAUUACCAGAACCAUAUUUAGUCUUCACUACCUGGGACCUGGGGAAGAGAGGCAGGACCCUGUAAUCUGGCAUCUCCAGGAUUGAACCUUCACCUAGGAGGGCCAGAAGAGGCUGCUGCUCCAGAGAAGGAAGGAGGACUCUUCCAAGAGUCACCCACUGGACUUGUGAACCCACUGUCCCAAAGCCAGACUAUAGGGUCUCAUAAGACUCACUGCCACUUGUGCCUUAAGCUCUUCUUACUGGAGGGAGACUCUCUGUCCAGAAUUCACACAGCAACAGAUAUUACUCUUGGAAGACAGGGUAGGGGUUAGAGAGUGAGCUCACUGGGUGGGUGCCUGCAAUACUAUGUGUGAGACCCAAGUUUGAGUUCCAGCAUUGCAUAAGAGGUUCUUUCAGAGGAAGCUUAGGCACUGUGGUUUCCUCUCUCUGUCUCAUCGUUUAACUAAAAAAGUGGCCCAGAAUGAAGAGGCCCAAGUUUAUCAAAUAAAUAAAUAAAUGAAUAAGUGAUUAUAGCAAUAUGAGUAAUGAUUACAUAAUAGUUACAUGAAAAGUAUGUUAGUAACCAUGAUUGUUGAAAUAGACUAACACAUACAACCUAUAAAAACUGGCUGUUUCAGGGCAGGGGAUUAAAAGUGUUGGCAAUUUCUAA